UCCCAACUCCGGGAACCCGGGAAAAUUUGUGAACUAAUCAGAAAAAGCGGAAGGCGGGAGAUCAGGGACACUCCCAGCACGCCGCCCAAUGGAGGGGAAGAGGACAAAUGAGCUGGCCAAUCAGGAGUGGCACAGGGGGCGGGUUCGCUCGGCGCGGAGUUCAGACCCGGGAAUUCCGAAGGCUAGGCGGGUGCUGCCCGCGCGCGAAGACCGCGCCCCUCUCGACCCCGGCUUCCUCGCUGUCAAACAGCGGCGGUAGCGCCAGCUCCGGGCCCGAGCCGGAGGGGUCCGGGGUCGCCGCACAGUCUGGCACUGCCUGGAGAGGAGACUACUUGGAGACUGCACCGCGAUUGAGUCUCCCCGAAUAUUCUGUGGCCUGAAGAUCCGGUUCAACUAAAGUGCCAUAGGACGUGUUCGUUUUUGCGUUGCAGUGGGACCUUCCCUGAAAUUUUCAGUUGCAAAACUGCUUGCCAGACAAUUUUGUUUGCAUCGCAUGCCUAGGCUCCUUGCACUCUGAAUUUGCACUAUGCCGGUCUGGGUUCUCUUCUGAGUUUUGCCACAGACCCCUGGUGAAAACUCAGGCCUGUGCUCAGAGUUGCACAAAGCACAGCUCAAAUUUGCAUCAGACAGAAAGUAAGCCAUCAGCCCAGAACUUAGGCCACCGUGCAUGGCUCAGGAGUGGGAAAGGUGAUGGACUCCUGAAGUGGAAGAGGUGGUGCAGGGGGGGGCACCGCCCAUGCUGCCCUGCUUCCAGCUGCUGCGCAUAGGGGGCGGCAGGGGUGGUGAUCUCUACACCUUCCACCCCCCUAGCGGGGCUGGCUGCACCUAUCGCUUGGGUUGUAGGGCCGAUCUGUGUGAUGUGGCCCUGCAGCCCCAGCAGGAGCCUGGCCUCAUCUCUGGAGUCCAUGCGGAGCUGCACGCAGAGCGCCGGGGUGAUGAUUGGAAGGUCAGCCUGGAAGACCACAGCAGCCAAGGGACUUUGGUCAAUAAUAUCCGACUCCCAAGGGGUCACAGACUGGAGUUGAGUGAUGGGGACCUUGUGACCUUUGGCCCUGAAGGGUCCCCAGGAACCAGCCCUUCGGAGUUCUACUUCAUGUUUCAGCAAGUCCGAGUCAAACCUCAAGAUUUUGCAGCCAUUACCAUCCCGCGGUCUAGUGGCGAAGAGGGAACCAGAGCUUGUUUCCGGCCUAUGCUGCCCCCACAGGGGGCCCCACAGCGCCCUCUUAGCACCCUUUCCCCUGCCCCGAAAGCCACACUGAUCCUCAAUUCCAUCGGCAGUCUUAGCAAGCUCAGGCCCCAGCCCCUCACCUUCUCCCGGACUGGGGGUGGGCAACAGAACGUGCCUGUUCCCACUCCCCCUAGAGAGGUGGGGGCCACCCCUUCUGCCCCACCCCCAAGAAAUCGGAGGAAAUCGGCUCAUCGAGUGUUGGCAGAGUUGGAUGAUGAGGGAGAGAUGCCCGAGGGCUCCCCAUCGGUCUUUAUAGAGCCCAGGAAGAAGCUCCGUGUCGAGACACCCCCACGGACACCUGGUGGAAAUCGACGUGGACGUCCUCGGAAGCACCCAGUGAACACGCCCAGGGCUCCCCCAGCAGUUGGGGGUGGAGAGCCCUGUGCAGCCCCUUGUUGCUGCCUGCCUGAAGAAGAAACAGUUGCCUGGGUUCAGUGUGAUGGUUGUGAUGUCUGGUUCCAUGUGGCCUGUGUUGGCUGCAGCAUCCAGGCUGCUAGGGAGGCUGACUUCCGGUGCCCAGAGUGCCGUGUAGGCAUCCAGACCUAAGGCCCACCAAGGCACCAAGAGGACAGAGAGCUGGUACCUCCAGGCCUUGGGUGGACACAGUGGGGCACCAAUGGGUCUUAAAAAAUGUCCCCUUCUUUCCUUGCCUCCCCAGGAGGGAAUAGCUAUAGGGGAAGUGCCCAUUGCUAUGGAUAUGGAGUCAAGGCCUGAAGCCGGUCCUCAUGGCCAAGGGGACAGAAGAGAUGAUUUCCUACCAAAGAUCUUUGUUGCCUCCGGGAAGUUGCCAGCAAGCUGGAAAUUCCGUUACAAGCUACAGGUUCUUGUUGUCAUAGGCACUAGAAUGUCUGUGGUCAGAGUACCCAUCAAUUGCAGAUGCCAUGCCUGAGCAGAUAAAAGCCUCAGACUUGGAAUGAGUGAAUGCUUAAUGUUUUGGGAUGGCAUUAUAAGGCAUUCUGGGAAAACCUAGGGCACAGCCCCAAAACUUUUACAUUGUGGGUAAACCAUUGCCACUGACCAUGAUCAUUACCUGGCUUUUCAGAGCUGUGCUUCUAUUUCCAAAUAAAGAAUUAGCUUCAUUCACUCUUAGAUACCUAUUCUUUUUGCAGGUCUGAUACUCCUUGCUUUCCAGUUCUUGAGAAUGAUAUUGUCUGAAAAACUAAUUCAGGCUCUUAGAAGAGAGAUGAGUAGAUAAAGCAGAGAAAUAUGAACCUGCUCACUUGAUAUGGAAUGGGCUGGAGGUGGGAGACUAGAAAAAAGGUAAUUAAGGUUUUUAGAUUAAAGGAAAACAGAUCCACUGCCAUUAAAAUAAGGUGGAUGGUUUGGUCUGGUUCAUGAUGGCAGAACCUUUACAAGUUUCACAAGUAUGACCAUGGAAAAGAGAAAACCUGGUACACCAGCUUGAGUGAAUGCUGACCUGAUCCAGUGUAGAUCAGCUUAACCCACGUAUAGUAUAAUAAACAGAUUCCCUUUCAUGAGCCUUACACCAAGCCAAGAUACUGUCAAAAUGGGGUUUCUGUAGCUCUUAUUAGGAAAGUCCCAUCUUGACCUAUUACAAUCUUUUAUGUCCAUUCCUUUCUAUCCCUUAGAUUUACCAACACAAGGUUUAUUUUUUUUUAAUUUUUUUUUUGUUUUUAACAUGAAGGAAACAGCUCCAAGCAAGGGCCCCAAUUACCCCAAUUAAGUAAUGGCAGAGCCAGGACAAAAACAUGGGGAUUUGGGGCGUCACUCAUGGACAAAGUAGGCCAAAAUCUUAAGUGGAAACCAAAUGGACUUUGGUAUCAACAAAGCACAUGAUGGAGUUUCUACCUGGGGCAAUAUACAGAAAGAAAAUAUUUAAAGAUAAUUCCUUGGUGUAACGCCACUAAGGAUACUUCCAGAGUAGAAAGUGGGGAAAGCAAAAAAAAAAAAAAAGUCAGCUCCUAAUAGGGAAUGGGCUAUAAAAAUAAGGUAUUCCACUCAAAUUUCCCCAGGACUCCAAGUCACAGGCUCUGAAGAACUAGUUCAUACCUAUAGGGACUUUCUACAAAUAAAUGGAUUCCAGUA